ACCGGUAGUCGUAGGUUCGUUUUGGUUGGAGCCUCACUUUACAGUUAAGCUACUUUAGCAGUAACAGUCCUGUCCAUGGAUAUUCAGCAGAUGGACUGCUGCAUUGUUGCUGCACUGUGGUUGUUUAUACCACUUUAUUUACUUUUUCACUUUUUGUGUUUCAUUUUCGCUGAUGCGGACUUCACGCUGCUGUGGGCAAGCUUCAUAGGACGCAAGCCAGAGAAAAAGCUGAAAGGGCAGGUGGUGUGGGUCACUGGAGCUUCCAGCGGUAUCGGAGAGGAGCUUGCCUAUCAGCUGGCUCAGUGCGGGUCACGUCUUAUCCUGUCUGCUCGACGUGAGGACGAGCUGCAGAGGGUGAAGCGCCAAUGUUUAGGGCGCUCUGACCUCCAGGAUGAAGAUAUUCUUGUUCUCCCACUUGAUUUGUUGGAUAGAACGUCGCAUGAAGAAAAAACUAAAACUGUCAUCCAGCACUUUGGGCGUAUUGAUGUCCUUAUUAACAACGGAGGCCGAAGCCAGCGCUCUCUGUGCACUGAGACCAGUGUUGAUGUCUAUCAGGCAUUGAUGGAGCUCAACUUCUUGGGUACAGUCUCCAUCACCAAGCAGGUGCUGCCCUACAUGACGCAGCAGGGCAGCGGGAUCAUUGUGACCGUGAGCAGUAUUGUUGGCAUUGCAGGAGCGCCUUUGUCAACAGGAUACUCUGCCAGCAAACACGCUCUUCAGGGUUUCUUUAAUUCCCUAAGGAGUGAGCUCACUGACUUUCCAAACAUACUUAUCAGCACAGUGUUACCAGGGCCUGUGCAAUCACAGAUCGUCCACAAUGCCUUCACAGAAGAACUGAACAAGCCGGUGUCCUCAGCUGGUAGUCAGGAACACAAGAUGCCAACAAGUCGGUGUGUGCGUUUAAUGCUGGUGGGAAUUUCCAAUAAAAUCAAGGAAAUGUGGAUUGCACAGCAGCCCUUUCUCCUGUUUUUCUACGCCUGGCAGUACACUCCCACAAUCGCCUGGAUGGCCACAAAUCUGUUAGGCAGAAAAAGGGUGCAGAAUUUUAAAGCUGGUCUGGAUGCAGACUCUGCAUACUUCACAAAGCCCAAGACCUCCUGAGAGUCACUGUCACCAGGGGAAACAAGUUCAAUGCAUUCCUAAAGCUCACAAUGGAGCAAGGAGAUAUGUUGUCCUGCUGAAUUUGGGGUGUUUUGCCUUCUUCUUGACAAAAAACAUUUAACAUUUGCCUUCCUUACAAGAUUUGGAAGGAUUUAAGGAAAAGGGGUACACUGCUGUCAUUUUUCAUCUAAUAUGUCAAGUUAAAUUCUUUAUUUUCAUGUUUUUGUAACUGUAAAUUUCAGAUUAUGCAACUAUGUACUGUAUAACAAUAACUGGAUUAUAAAUGAACUAAGCUUUUGAAUGUCUAUUAAAAUCUGGAUACAUUUUCAA